GCGCUCUGCUUGAUGGCCUUCAAACGGCGAGCAACGCACUCGAAGGCUGUGAGAUGCCAGUAGGUACCUGAGAAGUUGUCAGAUAUGGCGCAAGACCACUCUAGAUCUCAAAAAUAUCUCCGAAACAAUUGUAUAUGAAACCUCAUUCCUGAAAGACUUCGUCGUUGCAUGGCCCCAUCGCGCCCCGUACAGUCGCAUUACACCGUUGAUGAAGGCAAGCCGCAGCGGCCGGUGGCGCAUGACCUCACGCCAGAGACGCGCGGCUGCAUCCUACAUGUUCCGUGGCCGCAAGUGGCGCGAACCACGUACCGCUAUGGCAGAUAGAUGCAGGUGACAUCAAGUUGGCUCCGGAGCCAAACGUAUGUAUUGUGGAGGAAUACGCAAAACGGUAGUUUGCAGUAUUAAAAGAUCGCCUGUACCCAAGUUGAUCACUGAUCCUCUCGGGCUCCCACCGCCUCUUUCGCGGGCGGUUCCCCUGCGACCCCUGCGAUCUCACGCUCUGCAUCUGAGAGUGAG